AUGACCACGCUCCUUUGCGCUGCGCUCGCUUUCUAUGCAUUCUGCGGCUAUGUCGCACUGGGGAGGACGUCGUCGCCUGAGGGUGGAAUCGUCGACGUUGAGAACACGGAGAGCAACCUGACGUCGGAUAGAUCGGUAUUCGGGGCGGACAGUACGAGAUGGGCACAGUACGCUCCUUAUUUCCCCGUAGAGCCCUAUGCUGCGCCGCCAGCGAGUUGUGAAGUAGACCAGGUCCAUAUUAUUCAACGCCAUGGUGCCCGCUAUCCGACCAGCGGAGCCGCGGCGCGCAUACAAGCUGCACUCGCGAGACUACAGACAGCAACGAUCCUGAGCGAUUCCUCUCUCGCCUUCGUCUCAAAUUAUACCUAUACGCUUGGGGAAAACUCUCUUGUACCUCUGGGAGCGCAAGAGUCCUAUGACGCGGGCCAGGAGGUCUACACGCGGUAUCCUUCGCUCGUGGACGCGGAUCGGCUGCCAUUUGUGCGCGCGUCUGGGAGCGAGCGUGUCGAGCAGAGCGCGACGAACUGGACAGCAGGUUUUGCCGCGGCGAACAGCGGCGUCUACGUACCGGUGCUCUCUCUCGUCAUUUCGGAAGAGGGCAACGACACGCUUGACGACGCGUCCUGCCCGCAACACAUCAGCUCCCCACUGCCCGACGCAUACAUCGACAUCUACGCCGCGAACCUCACUGCUGAGCUCAACGCCGGCGCGCCGGGCGCGAACCUCUCUAACGCAGACACGCACGCGCUCGUGACGCUCUGCAUGUUUGAGAGCGUCGCCAGGCAGGAGCGGAGCGCCUGGUGCGACUUGUUCGCGGGGCUGGACGCGUGGGAUGGAUUCGAGUAUUGGGCGGACCUGGACAAGUACUACGGCACCGGAUACGGCAACGCCCUCGGCCCCGUCCAAGGCGUCGGCUACGUCAACGAGCUCGUCGCGCGGCUCACCUCCACCCCCGUCUCCGACAGCACCUCCACCAACCGCACGCUCGACGCCUCGCCCGCGACCUUCCCCCUCAACCGCACGGUCUACGCGGACUUCUCGCACGACAACCUGAUGAUCCCUGUCUUCGCCGCGAUGGGCCUGUUCCCAACAGACCCGCUCGACCCGGCGCGGGCGAACAUCGGUGCGGGCGUGUGGAACGUGAGCAGGAUGGUGCCGUUCGCGGGGAGGAUGGUCGUGGAGCGCUUGGCGUGCGGGGAGGGGUACGAGCCCGCCGAUGGUAGUGCGGACGCGGAGGGGAGGUAUGUGAGGGUAUUGGUGAACCAGGCGGUGCAGCCGCUUGCGUUUUGCGGGGCGAGCGCGGAUGGCGUGUGUGGUCUGGGUGCGUUCGUGGAUAGCCAGGCGUUUGCGAAGAGUGGAGGGAAUGGGACGUGGGAUGCGUGCUUCGAGGCAGCAGCAGCCUAA